UCAAAAGACGCAAUUACAAACAUAUCGAUAUUAUGUCAUACGCGAAAAUAAAUCCACCGGUGCUGCUGUGUACGCAGCUGAUUGACGUUUAUAGCAGGACAUUUAUGAUGGUCUAUCUAUCAGUUGAACCUGUUUAAAGGGAGAGCGCCCGGGAUGCGCGCUACUGGUGGGCUGUGCGCCGUCACGAGCUGAAGGUGUCAUGAAACGAAGAAAACUCACUUGCGGAGGGGAAGAGCUCUGUUUAUAAGAGCGCGUAUGGGGACACACGAGGAUUUGGAUUAAUAGCUCGCUCGACUAAAAAUGGCCAAAAACACAUCUCUUUAUUUUCGCAUUGUCGAGGGCAGGAACCUCCCGGCCAAAGACGUCUCCGGGACCAGUGAUCCAUAUUGCAUUGUAAAAGUUGACAAUGAAGUUGUGGCUCGGACCGCCACGGUGUGGAAGAACCUAAAUCCUUUUUGGGGGGAAGAGUACACUCUGCACCUUCCGAUGGGUUUCCACUCACUCUCGUUUCACGUCAUGGACGAGGACACGAUUGGGCAUGAUGACGUUAUUGGAAAGAUUACACUCAGCAAAGAAACCAUUGGAUCUCAAGCUAAAGGGCUAGAUAGCUGGAUGAACCUGACCAGGGUCGACCCCGAUGAAGAAGUCCAGGGGGAGAUCCACCUGAGUUUGGAGCUUCUGAAAGAUACAGAGAAGAUUUGCCUGCGUUGUCGAGUCAUUGAAGCCAGAGACUUGGCUCCAAGAGACAUUUCUGGAACUUCCGACCCCUUUACAAGAGUUAUUUUCAACAACCACAGUGCGGAGACAUCGAUAAUCAAGAAGACCCGUUUUCCUCACUGGGGAGAGACCUUAGAGAUGGAGUUGGAUCCAGAGGAGCUCAGCGAUGAGGGGACCGUUACCGUGGAGGUCUGGGACUGGGAUAUGGUGGGCAAGAACGAUUUUCUUGGAAAGGUGGAAAUUCCCUUCGCUUGUUUGCACAAGACACCUCCGUUAGAGGGCUGGUUUCGUUUGCUGCCCUUGGGAAACAACGAGCUUGAUGCUGGUGGAAAGCUGGGAGCGCUGCGUCUGAAGGUGCGGUUGGUGGAGGACCGGAUCUUGCCGUCCAUGUACUAUCAGCCACUCAUCGACCUUCUGGUUGAGUCGGUAAUCUCCCCCACAGAGGUGGAGGACAGCAGCGCUCUGACCAUGCUGGAGGAGGUGACCACCGUCGAGAGCAGGCAGGAUGUGGCCAUGACUCUGGUCAAGAUCUACCUGGGGCAGGGCCUGGUGGUGCCCUUUCUGGAUUACCUCAACACGCGGGAGGUCAACCACACCACGGAUCCAAACACUUUAUUUCGCUCCAACUCACUUGCCUCAAAGGCCAUGGAACAGUUCAUGAAGGCUGUUGGCAUGCUGUAUCUACACGAGGUGUUGAAGCCUAUCAUAAACCGCAUCUUUGAUGAGAAGAAGUACAUUGAGCUGGACCCGUGUAAGAUUGAUCUUAACCGCACAAGACGAAUUUCAUUUAAGGGCGCAGUGUCAGAGGCAGAAGUGCGGGACAGCAGUGUGGAGAUGCUGCAGAGCUACUUAACCAGCAUCAUUGAAUCGAUCGUGGGCUCAGUCGAUCAAUGUCCUCCCGUCAUGAGAGUGGCCUUCAAACAGCUGCACAAGAGAGUAGAGGAGCAAUUUACUGAGCCCGAGAAUGAGGACGUGAAGUACCUGGCCAUCAGUGGAUUUUUUUUCCUGCGUUUUUUUGCUCCUGCAAUCCUCACGCCUAAACUGUUCCAGCUGAGAGACCAGCACGCUGACACACGUACAAGCAGAACGCUGUUACUACUGGCCAAGGCACUACAAAGUGUCGGCAACUUGGGUCUGCAGCUGGGCCAUGGAAAGGAGCAGUGGAUGGCACCCCUUCAUCCCAUCAUCCUUCGCAGCGUGGCCUCUGUCAAAGACUUCCUAGACAAGUUGAUCGACAUAGAUCAUGACAUUGUGUCUGAAGUGCCUCAGAGGGCCGUGUUCAUGCCUUCAGUCACAGUCAAAGAGGGGUUUCUCCACAAACACAAGACGGAAGGACCCCAACUACUUUCCCGUUUUGCCUUUAAGAAACGCUACUUCUGGUUGACUAGUGAGACGCUGUCCUAUGCCAAGACUCCUGACUGGCAGGUGCGCUCUUCAAUCCCUAUCCAGUGUGUGUGUGCCGUGGAGAGGGUGGAUGAAAAUGCCUUUCAGCAGCAGAACGUAAUGCAGGUCAUCACCCAGGACAACGAUGGGCAGCUGCACACCAUAUACAUCCAGUGCAAGAAUGUGAAUGAGCUAAACCAGUGGCUGUCUGCGAUCAGGAAAGUCAGCAUCUACAAUGAGCGCAUGCUGCCCUCUUUCCACCCCGGGGCUCAUCGCAGUGGCAAGUGGACGUGCUGCCUGCAGGCAGAUCGUGCUGACCGGGUCUCAGUUACAGGCUGCAGUAGAACCCACUCAGCUGUGACUCUGGGUGACUGGAGUGACCCACUGGAUCCGGACGUAGAGACUCAGACGAUUUACAAGCAACUUCUCCAGGGCAAGGACAAACUCAGGAAAAAAUAUGUGGAGACGCCAGAAGCUGAUCAGAUGUUGAGCAAUCAAGAAAAGAUUAACUCUGACAUUCACCCCGAUGGCGCAGAAUGCAACACUCAGCUAAUGAAGACAGGUCAGAGCAUCGCUGCCCGGCUCUUAGCGGUGAUAGAAGACCUGGAGCAGGCCCACGAUGCCUUCCAGCGCAGAGAAAAAGAGGACGGCACCAGUGUCAUUCUGAAUCCCUGAACUACACAUGGACUGGGAUCCAUUAAUACCUGAAGGGGAUCCACGUCCUGCACCAACACGUGGGAGCAUCAGUUAUUCACUCUCUUGCCUGUCAGCAGGGAGGAAAAAGUGGCCACAUGGUGCAGCCUCUUCCAGCCUUUUUGUACAUUUCCCGCUGGCUGUAAAGAGCAGAGGGAAAUCUGCCACUUUUAAUCUUUUUGUAUUCUCUCAGUGCCACGGACGACAGUGCCGGGGAGAGAUUAUGAUACUUGACAAAAAAAAAAAAAAAAAAAAAGCGGGUGGGGGGGACUUUGAAGCAUGAUCUGACUUGAUAUUUUCUAUGUAGGUAACAAGCAAUCUGUUGCAUGGCCUGUAUCCACUUGUUGUGAAAUGUGAAAAGGAGCUUUUAUAUUUUUUGAGAUACUGUACAGGACCUCGGUCUCACAUUUUUAUGCAAAAAGCUAUUUGUAGUGUAAUCUACAGUACCUGAAUGUAUUGCUAUUAUCAAUGUUUUGUAUUUCUACUGAGGCAUUUUUUUUUCUUCAAUGGGCGCAUUGUAGCAGUGACAUUAACAUAACAGAUUAUUCCACUUUGACAUCAUGAAUUGGUGGUGCAUAAGCCAUGACCAUAGCCCAGUCUGUACAGUGAGCAGAAUGAAGUUUAUUUUAAAUGUUGCUGAUGUCCCUUUAUAGAAAGAAAAAAAAAAGUGCUUUGGUUUGGUGCUAUGGCCAGUCACCUUUAAUGAUUGAUUCUGAUAUAAUGUGCAUAUUUAAAAUGCCCUGUUCCAACUCCUGAAGUCAUAUAGGUAAUAUUUACCUCAAAACAUACAAAAAUGUGAUGUUGACUAUAACUGUGAGUAGAAGUUACAGUUAUGGGGAUUACUCCCAUUUGAUAAAUUUACAUUUUAUUGAGAUCAUUGUGCCAUUUGGCUCACAAGUGUCAGGAUAAGUUUGAGAUGCCAAAGUUGCUUUUAGAAAUCUAAAAAAAAAAAAAAAAACUUCAGUUUUUAACAGGCAAAAUAUAUAAAAGAACAAGAACUGUGCCACGCCUUUCCAGAUUUGUGAUCUCUGACAUCUGGUCUCAGCAUGCUAUUCUGGAGCUGGUUAAUAUUUUAUUCUGCCACAGCUGUGUGGAUGGGACUCUUUUACCGCUGUUGGUUUGACCCGUAACACUGACGCCAGACAAUUACUGGGCUACAUUGGUACAGUUAAAGUGUGUUGGUAUAUGCAGCUUUCCAAAAUUUAUUUCACUGAUUUGCCAGUGCAGUCUUUUUCAGAACUAGAGUGAAUGUUAUUGGUUUGUGAACUUUAUGUUCCGUAAAUGAGGGCUCUUGUUAUGUAAAGAAAAACACACUGCCUGUAUCUUAUUUUGCAAAUACACCAUAAAGGUUUGUUUCAAGUGGAUUGUUAACUGUGAACACAAAUGUAUUAUUCAUUAAACUUCUAAUUCAGCAAA